AUGGCAACGAUCUGUAGCGCCUUUCGACAGCUUACAAGCGCCUGUGUGGCAUCAGCGGACUCUCCUCCGUCUCUCAAGCUUGGCAUGCCAUCAUCACUGUCCUCAUCUACGCUCACGCUCGGGCCAAAUGCGCGCAUGACGCUCUCUGGUCCUACUACACGUGCCGCGCUCAAUAGUCGCACGGGUUACACGUCGCUAGAUCAGUUUACACGAUCCGUGGAAAGGAUUGCGACACUUCGUGUCGGUCGACUACAUAUGGGCGAGCGUGUGGGUCGUAUGUUUACCUCUAUGGACGCGCUGCUGGGCGUGCAGCUCGUAGCCUCAUCCCGACGGGAUUUUCGCGUCUGUGUGAACUUUGUUCUUCCUGGUAGCGAUGCAGAAGCAUUAGGCAUUCAUCCGGCAGCUUUUGUAGUAGCUAUUAAUGGUCAAUCGAUGCGUGGAGUGAGUCUACAGCGGAUUCUAAUGGCAAUUCGACGUGCACUGUGUUCUACAGAAUACCAGAGUGAUGGUACAGCGAUUGAAGUGCCUGAAAUUGGCGAUUAUAUUGAAAUUAAUUUUGCUCAGAAAGAACACGAGAUGAAUGUAGACCGCAACCCGUUUGCGCUCACGCAGUUUCCGUCCCCACAGGGCCAACAUUUGCCUGGAGUGAAGCAAUUUGAAGACGGAUAUGAGGUAAAUACAAGACAAGAGCCCAAGCAGAUUCAGGAAAAGAUCUCUCCGACGCUUCUUCUUCAUGGACGGGAAAGAUCGAGGUCGUUUAAACACUUUUGGAUGUCGGACAGAUCUAGCAAGGCGUGCUACGAAUGUGAACAAUUAUUCACGUUUUUUCGACGACGACAUCACUGCCGCUCGUGUGGACAGAUUUUUUGUGCAAACUGUUGUGCUAGGUUACCACAAUCGUUUGGAAUAAACAAAGUAGACGAGUCAAUUGAACGGCUGAGGAAACAGUUGGUGUGUCAUAGUUGUCAUCGACAACUACGAGAAGGACUGCAGAUGGAAUUGACAGGCGCUAAGUUUGAGGAGGACCCGCAGAAACCGACCAACUCACCACUUUCCCAGACGCUUUUACUUAUGCCACAGCAUCUUGCUGAAGCUAUGGAACGCACGACGUCCGACGCGUCGAAUUGUAAGCAGUUGGAUAAAUCGGAUUUGUUUGGAAAGGAUGAAAUUAGUGACGACAUGCGGGUCAGCGAGCAGCCUGAAAAGUCUAGGCCACCAGUACUAUUUAGUAUGUUUCCCAAGGUUCAAAUUGUUGCAAGCGCGCAACAUUUGGCUCACCAGCCGCACCUGCAUGAACUGACAAAAGAGGUUAAGCAAACUGGUCACAAAAUUGCGCGUAGACUAAGGACAUUUAGCGAACCACAAAUUUUGUUUGAACGAAAGAAUGCGCAGCAUGUAUCCCGGAAACUGAAGCACUCGAACAGUCAGGCGGAUUUAGGCAACCCGAGCAAUCAUCGCUGGAGCGAGGCGGAGUUUAAGCGUCUUGUCGCGGAGUCAAAUGCGCAAGCAAGGCUUGCCGGGGCAUUUCCUCCCACUUCGAAUGCCUUAACGUCGCGGCCCAAGGCUUUGUCUGUGUCAUUUGACACAGCACGCUUCGGGAAUGCUGUUCAGUGGAACCCGUUUGGCUACGAAAAGCUUGCUGCAAAAGAUGUCGGCAUCCUUGCCAUGGUUGGCUUGUCCAAGGAUGCUCACAAUGAACUAGACGAUUUUGAGCGCGUAACUAGAAGAGAAGCAGUUGUGAAACGAAUGUCGAAAGAUUCUCGCGAUCGUAUUGAAGAGCGCAUUUUUCAUUUGUUAGAUAGCUCUGUGGCAAUCUCUCAGCUUGCAAUGGUUGAGCAGCAUCGGUGGAUGCAAAUUAUCAACUUGUUUGCUCAUCGAGCUGCACUCACUGUCUCGUGCGAGCCCGACCAAGGCGAUCUACUGGACAUUAUGCAGUAUGUCCGUAUUCAAUGCUUGGAUGGUGGCCGUGUGCAAGAUAGUUUCUUUAUUGAUGGCGUCCUGAUUCACAAAAGCUUGGCUCGCAAAGGAAUGAGAAGUGAUAUCUUGAACCCACGCAUUUUACUGAUUGCUUCGGCUUUAGACUACCAGCGCAAGAAGGAGGUGAUCUCGUCGUUGGAGAGUGUGGCUGGCCAAGAAGUAGAAUACAUGCAUAUUGUUACGGAGAAGAUUAUGACCCUCAGCCCUGAUAUCGUCAUGUUCGAAGGUCACGUGCAUCGAGUUGCAGAGGAGUUGCUCUGUAAAGGCAAUGUAGCAGUUGUCAAGAACGUCCGCUUGAUCGACUUGCAACGAAUUGCUCGCUGCACUGGUGCGUCCGUGCUGACGUCUUACGAUCACAUUGACAAAAUGUCCGAUGUUGGAGUGAUUGGGACUUGCAAGCGAUUUUAUGUAUUGCUGAGCGACCAAGAGCCGAAAAGUGCAAAAAAGAUUGCUUUUCGUGCAAGUGCUGACGGGUGCUACGAAGUGGAAGAAAACUCUGGCAUUUUUCGACAGCGUCGAAAGCGAGCUCAGCGCCAGAAUAUUGUGUUUGAAGGAGGCAUCAUGUCAAAGGGUUGCACUUUGUGCUUACGCGGAGGAACACCUGAUGUUUUUGCUGACAUUACGAAUGUGCUAACUACAAUCAUCCGCUCCGCGUAUAACAUGCGGCUGCAGCGGUCUUUGUUGGCAUCUUACGGAUACAUCCCCCCUAGCGAGAAACACGAGCGUUCUGUCGCGGAGGAAUGGUUUGCCGAGUCGUCAACAUCCCUGUACAUUUCGCUCAAGUCUAACUCACUAUCAAUGCGUGCUGCUCUGAAGGAAACACAGGCUAUGUGCAAGUGGUGCAAGGCCCACACACGGUUUAACAAUAUCAGUUCUCUUCGGGGGGUUCAUGGAGCAAACGGCGACGACAGUUCAUCGGCAAAUGCAACUUUCAUGCAGUCAGGCCAUCCUAGUUGGUGUAUAUGCGGUGCAAAAUCAUCUAGCUCGCUGAGGGACCGUAUCCUGUUUUCUACUUGCUGGAGUUCGCUGGAGGGGAAAACGGCAUCGAAAGCUGAAAUGAUGUGCAUUGACUUUUACAGCUCGAACGAUAUGUCAGUAGGCCAAUUUCUGGAUAAUUUCUGCUUUUUUAAUAGCAAGGCUGAGUUUAAGCGCGCUUUCACAGCGUCAAAGCUGUCUUUUUCUCAUGAUACUGGCCGCGUUAUUAUACGAGUAAAGGAUCUUAGCGAGUUCAAAGACACCAGUGAUCAGCAACCCUCAGCAGAAUUUCUUCGGGAGUUUAGCUAUCGUUCCAUUUUGCAGCUGAUUCGAUCGGAUGAAGUGCUGGUGUGGUCACGGAAUAUGAGUGAUGGAUACGUUUCUACUUUUCUGUCCUCAGAAUAUUCGGUAAUACCGAGGGACGCGUGGAACUACUCUUUUGGUAAAUUAUUAGAAGACAUGUUCUAUGGAAAAGCUAUGGACAUUGACUGCGUCCGUUUCCCGCACUUAUCUGGUGUAAGCGGGUCGCGAGAUGCCUCGCUGGUGCACUAUUUUUCUCGUCAUGGACGAGUUGUGAGUAUGCAUGUUGAGCCUCUCGAGCCUGUUCUCCACGUUGCAUUGCAGCCGGCGCUGUGGCAGGACCAUAUUGAUCACCAAGUACAACUCGAGGCUAUUCAUGACCUUUGCGAUCUUGUUCGCGAAGUGUACGAGGUCACAACUUCGAAAGUCGCCGAGUCGAUGGCAGAUCUGGUCACUCCACUCCAUGCGAAACAGAACUUGAAAAUUCUACGGAAUGAAGUCCAGCAAUGGUAUUCCUGCUUCGGCGCAAAAGUUGAGGCGAAUCCACCGCAAGAUGUGUUUGCAUACAACGCUCACUUUCGGGAAAUUUACGAGUACGCAGUUGGUUGGAGUUUGCGCAUUACACGUACCGUUCAGGCUACAGUAAAGCCAACAAUGGUGCAUCACAUUGAUAGUCCAAAGAGUGCCCUGCCCAAGGCUUGGUUUGAUCAGCUAGCGCAGCAAGCAGAAUCUAGCGACUGCUACAGCGAUCCAUCCACUCCUAGUGUGUUAGGGACAACGCCAGUGAAUAUUAGCUUCCAGGAACCUGGUAACUUGGCACAUCUUGCAAGCUUUGCACGCAGUCUCGCUGCUGCAAACAACGCGUCGCCAGUGCGAGGAGUGGCGCAAGUCGCCAACGAAGUCGCCAACACGUUGCGGCAGAAUGGAAUUCCAAGCUCACACCAAUCAGAGCUAUGGGAGGCGGAUGAAAGCUACGAUCGUUAUGACGAAUCUAGCCAUUCCUUUCCGACCGAUUACAUGGCAGAAGCAGAGCUGUAUUCGUCAGGGACACCAGUGUUUGGAAGAUCAUUGUCAAUAUCGGGUGUUUCUGGCCAUGUUUCCUCGACCAUGGGAGCGCUUACGUCAAAGAAAGCACUCGAAAAUUUUCGUUUGACGCAGCAAGCAAAGAAGCCUGACGGCCUGGGAUACUUGGCGUUGCCUAAACGCCUGCUUGAGUGGCACCCCAGCUUACCAAUGGGUGCGAAUAAGGCCCCGGUUUUGGUCAACACAAAACAGCCGACUUCGGUGGUGGCGUACUCUCUGUUUUCAAACGAAUAUAGCCGAUGCAUCAACGAUGACAUGCGCAAGGAAGCCUCUCGAUACGUGCUUGAGGUACAUCAUGCUGAGAACGGAAUUCCGCCCAAUUCCAGUUGCGGCCAGUCCGAAGAGAUUAAGAACAUGUUGCGCAUCUUGCGCUCAGCCACGCGAAACAAUGUUGAUCACAGUUUUGUUGACGAGAAUCAGUUUCAAUCGGCUGUCCGCUUUAGUUGCAAAUCGUACUACGCCAUGCAAUUCCAUGCGCUUCGAAAGCUGUACUAUGGAGGUGACCGGAACUACGUGGAAUCACUUUGCAACUGUCAGCAAUGGAAUGCUGCAGGCGGUAAGUCCGGCGCCGGUUUUCUGAAGACUCGUGAUGAACGCUUUAUUGCAAAGGCCAUUCCAGAAAUUGAGCUGCAAAUGUUCCUGAGCAUGGCAAACGAAUACUUUUGUUACAUGGCAAAAACGUUCGAAAACGAUUUGUCAUCUAUGCUUUCUAAAGUGCUUGGCAUAUACAAGGUUUCCAUCUCAAACACAAUCCAGAGUGGCGACAGCGAUCAGAACGUGCGCAUGUGUGUGAUCGUGAUGGAGAAUUUGAUGUAUGGGCGUGAAGUUGAUUUUUCAUUCGAUCUAAAAGGCAAGAUGGAGGGACGCUACAAGGAGGGUCAAUUUGGAGACAGCCGCUCUGUUUUGUGGGAUCGCAAUUUCGUGGAGUUGGCGGGCGGUAUCCCGUUACCUUUGCAGGAAUCUGCGUUGUCGUUAUUACUGUCUGCGAUUAUGAACGAUACAACCUUUUUGGCAUCCGUCCAAGCAACUGAUUACUCGAUGCUGGUUGGCUACGAUGUCAAAAAACAGGAGCUGGUAGCGUGUAUUAUCGAUUACAUCCACAAGUACGACUUCAUGAAGAUGAUGGAACACGCUGGGAAGCGGCUAAUUCAAGAGGAAGGAGAAAUCACCGUGCUGAAUCCAAAGCACUACCGCAAACGUUUUUGUCUAGCCAUGAACAAGUAUUUUGUCACAAUUCCAUCCCGGUACACAAAGGUGACCAAAGUUGUCCGGAAUGCAGCGUCCAAUACGACAGCCGGCAGUGCAGGUACAACAAUUCAAGAAGAAGAGAAGGAUUACCUUCAACCUCCUUAUAGUGCCUGUACGACUGCCAGCAAUGACAAAAUUGAGCAGUUGUCGCGUGUUUAUGAUGCAGUUGAUGACUUUAACUCAGCUUUUGGUACGUUUCAAGGUGCCAUGGCACUCCAUGCGUCGUGUCUUUCGUAUCCCAAGAUCGUUCGAGCUCCUCCAAUUCGAAGCUAUAGGGACAAGGAAAUAUCUACAGGGACGGGAACAAUCAAGACAAAUGUAUCAAUCAAUGAGAAUGAUAUUCAGACAAAGCGUGAGGUUUCAUUUGGAGGCAAAGAUCGAAACAAGACUGAUGAUACUAUCACUCGCGAUAAACAAGUAUUGAAGCCUAUGAAGGAGACGAUUGUGUCUAGCAUUAGCAUCAAGAGACAGGGAAAAGUAGAGCCUCAUGUUAAUACACGUAUCAAGAAAAGAAAGACACACAUGGGAAAGACAGUUCAAGCAGCUUGGACGUGGGAACGACAUAUUCGUGAAAAGAUUCCACGCAAGUAUCAAAGCCCAGCUGAGCUAAAAAAGCUCGAGAAUAUUGUGCUCUAUCUCAAGAAUCGCCACUGCGCCAUUUCUAUCUCGGAUCUAGUGAAACAUAGUGGAUUACCUGUCAUUCGAUGCAAGGAAAUCCUUCAGACACUUAUGAAGCUUGACAUCAUUGAGCGUAAGCGCGAAAAAUCGGGCUUCGUCUACAGCUUUGGCAUCUCGAACUAA